CACCGAAACUAUUCCAGGCAUGUUUCCGUUUGGGAACCUUCAGGAGGGAGCCCUUGGUCACAAGGGUGCAAUACACACCUGUGUCCUCCGGAGUCCGCUGUUCUGCGCCCAGCACAGCCCCAGAGCUUUCUCAAACCUGGAGUGUCUGCAACACUUUGCAAGGACACAGUGGAGGGGGCACGUCAGCGCUCCGACUUCCUCCCGACGCCGCCUCUGAUUGGCUCCUGGACAUGUAAGAAACCGGUGAAUGAGCGGCUGGCCCUUGCAGAAACUUGCCUGAGGUCUUUGGUGGCAUUGCCCUUUCCUCCUCGUCAACCCGGCAGGCCAGCCGAUGCGGGGGAGGAUGAGGUCGUCGUGUGUCCUGCUUACCGCCCUGGUGGCGCUGGCCGCCUAUUACAUCUACAUCCCCCUGCCAAGCUCCGUGUCCGACCCCUGGAAGCUGAUGCUGCUGGACGCCACUUUCCGGAGCGCACAGCAAGUGAGCAACCUGAUACACUACUUGGGCCUCAGCCAUCAUCUGCUCGCGCUGAACUUCAUCAUCAUUUCUUUUGGCAAGAAAAGCGCGUGGUCAUCUGCUCAGGUGAAAGUAACUGACACUGACUUUGACGGUGUGGAAGUCAGAGUGUUUGAAGGCUCUGCAAAGCCAGAAGAGCCGCUGAAACGCAGCCUUGUUUACAUUCACGGAGGAGGCUGGGCCUUGGCAAGUGCAAAAAUCAGGUAUUAUGAUGAACUGUGUAAAGCAAUGGCUGAGGAGUUGAAUGCUGUCAUUGUCUCCAUUGAAUACAGGCUAGUUCCAAAGGUUUAUUUUCCUGAGCAAAUUCAUGAUGUUAUACGUGCCACAAAGUACUUCCUGCAGCCAGAAGUCUUGCACAAGUAUUCAGUUGACCCAGGCAGAAUCGGCGUUUCUGGUGACAGUGCUGGUGGGAAUUUGGCGGCUGCCCUGGGCCAACAGUUUAAUCAAGAUGCCAACCUAAAAAACAAGCUCAAGGUGCAAGCUUUAAUUUAUCCAGUUCUUCAAGCUUUAGAUUUUAACACGCCCUCUUAUCAGCAAAAUGUGAACACCCCCAUCCUGCCCCGUUAUGUCAUGGUGAAGUACUGGGUGGAUUACUUCAACGGCAACUAUGACUUUGUCCAGGCAAUGAUAGUUAACAAUCACACUUCACUCGAUGUGGGAGAGGCUGCUGCCCUCAGGGCCCAUCUAAACUGGACAUCCCUCUUGCCCGCAUCCAUCACAAAGAACUACAAGCCUGUCAUGCAGACCACCGGCAACACCAGGAUUGUCCAGGAGAUCCCUCAGCUGCUGGAUGCCCGCUCAGCCCCACUCAUCGCAGACCAGGAAGUCCUGCAGCACCUCCCAAAGACCUAUAUUCUAACCUGUGAGCACGAUGUCCUAAGAGACGAUGGAAUCAUGUAUGCAAAGCGUUUGGAGAGUGCAGGUGUGGAGGUGACCCUUGAUCACUUUGAGGAUGGCUUCCACGGAUGCAUGAUUUUCACCAGCUGGCCUACCAACUUCUCAGUGGGAAUUCGAACUAGGAAUAGUUACAUCAAGUGGCUGGAUCAAAACCUGUAAAGGAGUGAAAUUUCUAAAAGGCUUGAGCCCCUCUUGAUCUCCUGCACCUGCUUUGGAAAGACAUUCACUCUUUAGUUGACUAAUUUCCCCUCGUUACUUGAGUUAUGGAAUCUCUAUUCCCUGCAGACUUUAUGUUAAUUUAAUUUUAAAAAAUGCUUUUGAG